GAAGUAGAGUAGUGAACCCGGAAGUGCUUCACGGCAGGGGCCCGGGCGACUCUUUUGAAUGGAAUCGGGCUGAUUCAUCGCCGGUUCGCGGAGCCAGAGCCGGGCGGAGGCUGAACUGUUGCUGCCGUCGCGUCACCGCAAAGGCUAGACAAGGGUCCAGACCGCGACCUCCCACACCGUCCGCCUUCAGGAGAGAAAGAAAAUAAAUACUUGGGAAAAAUUAUACCUGCCAGAAUUAGCAAGAGUUUGAAUUAAGAAGAAAUUUGUCAAACCUAAGAAAUUAUAGCUUAACACCUUAAGAGUUAUAGUUACUGAACAGAAAUAUGGACAGACUUCUUAGACUUGGAGGAGGUAUGCCUGGACUGGGCCAGGUAAAGUGUAACAAACAAUUGUAGGAGAAAAGGAGACACAGGUUGCUCUAACUCUUCAAAAAUCAGUGGGCAAUGUUAUUGUCUUGCCAUUUAAAGGAAAAGGGGCCUCCUACAGAUGCUCCUGCAGUGGACACAGCAGAACAAGUCUAUAUCUCUUCCCUGGCUCUGUUAAAAAUGUUAAAACAUGGCCGUGCUGGAGUUCCAAUGGAAGUUAUGGGUCUAAUGCUUGGAGAAUUUGUUGAUGAUUACACAGUCAGAGUGAUUGAUGUGUUUGCUAUGCCACAAUCAGGAACAGGUGUCAGUGUAGAAGCAGUUGAUCCAGUGUUCCAAGCCAAAAUGUUGGAUAUGUUGAAGCAAACAGGAAGGCCUGAGAUGGUUGUUGGUUGGUAUCACAGUCACCCUGGCUUUGGUUGUUGGCUUUCUGGUGUGGAUAUCAACACUCAGCAGAGCUUUGAAGCCUUGUCGGAGAGAGCUGUGGCAGUGGUUGUGGAUCCCAUUCAGAGUGUAAAAGGAAAGGUUGUUAUUGAUGCCUUCAGAUUGAUCAAUGCUAAUAUGAUGGUCUUAGGACAUGAACCAAGACAAACAACUUCAAAUCUGGGUCACUUGAACAAGCCAUCUAUCCAGGCCUUAAUUCAUGGACUGAACAGACAUUAUUACUCCAUCACUAUUAACUAUCGGAAAAAUGAACUGGAACAGAAGAUGCUGCUAAAUUUGCAUAAGAAGAGUUGGAUGGAAGGUUUGACACUUCAGGACUACAGUGAACAUUGUAAACACAAUGAGUCGGUGGUAAAAGAGAUGUUGGAAUUAGCCAAGAAUUACAAUAAGGCUGUAGAAGAAGAAGAUAAGAUGACACCUGAACAGCUGGCAAUAAAGAAUGUUGGCAAGCAGGAUCCCAAACGUCAUUUGGAAGAACAUGUGGAUGUACUUAUGACUUCAAAUAUUGUCCAGUGUUUAGCAGCUAUGUUGGAUACCGUCGUAUUUAAAUAAAGCAACACAAAAAGCUACUAUAGUGAUACUUUCAGUGUAUCUUCCUCUGCUGUUCCUAAUGCUCAAAAUCAAGGGACCACUGAAGGUGUAUUUGGUUAAAUGUAAGACAUCUGGCAUCAUUUGCAGCACUGUAACACUUCUAGUCUCAGUUGUGCAAUUACUUCUGUUUUCUUUAGUUAGGGUCUUUGCAGAUUCCAAAGUUGAGCAAGAAUACAUCAAAGUGGGUUAAUAUCCCAUUUAAUAUUUGAAGAAAUCAGUAGCACAAAUAUAUUUUGAUUGUUGCUUACAAAAUAAAAUACAUUUACAAUCCA